AUGGGUCGCGUUAUCCGCAACCAGAGGAAGGGCCGUGGCUCCAUUUUCACGGCCAACACCCGUCUCAACAAGGCCCCGGCCCAGUUCCGUACCCUUGACUACGCUGAGCGUCAUGGAUACACCCGUGGUGUCGUGAAGGAGAUCAUCCACGAUGCCGGCCGUGGUGCUCCCCUCGCCAAGGUCCAGUUCCGCCACCCCUACAAGUUCAAGAUGGUCACCGAGACCUUCAUCGCCAACGAGGGCAUGUACACCGGCCAGUUCAUCUACGCCGGUAAGAACGCUGCCCUGACCGUCGGCAACGUCCUUCCCCUCGCCUCCAUGCCCGAGGGUACCGUCAUCUCCAACGUCGAGGAGAAGGCCGGUGACCGUGGUGCUCUUGGCCGUACCUCCGGUAACUACGUUACCGUUAUUGGCCACAACCCCGAGGAUGGCAAGACCCGUGUCAAGCUCCCCUCCGGUGCCAAGAAGGUCAUCAAGAACACCGCCCGUGGUAUGGUUGGUAUCGUCGCCGGUGGUGGCCGUACCGACAAGCCCCUGCUCAAGGCUUCUCGUGCCAAGCACAAGUUCGCUGUCAAGCGCAACUCUUGGCCCAAGACUCGUGGUGUUGCCAUGAACCCCGUCGAUCACCCUCACGGUGGUGGUAACCACCAGCACAUCGGUAAGGCCUCGACCAUCUCCCGCUACGCUGCCCAGGGUCAGAAGGCCGGUCUCAUUGCCGCCCGCAGAACUGGUCUGCUCCGCGGUACCCAGAAGACCAAGGAUUAA